GUAUAACCUGUGACCAGUCUUUUUUCGUGAGUGGUUAAGGAUGUACAUUAUAAAGAAUAAUAUUUUUAUAAAUUUUGGUUUUCUUUGUUCCAGUGAAGAGUAUGGGGAAAUUAUACUAAUGGAACAAUUGUAACAAGUAAAUACACAUAAGAAAUGUAUUAAUCACAGCUUGAAAAUUAAAGAGCCUUAUGUUUUGACAAGUAAAGACGGAUAUUUUUUAAAUCAUGUUUAUGGAUGCACAAAUACCUUUCCGAUGAAAAGCAGUAAAAAAAAAGCCGUACAGUUAUGUUGGAGGGCCAAAUGUUGCUUGUAAAACGCAUUUGAAUAGCCGUAAUUUUGUUUCUGUUCGUUCUGUCUGUAGAAAAAUGGCAGUUUAAUAAAAUGAAUGUUGAAGUAGAAAUCAGAGCUGCUGCAGAAGCCCUUCUGUCAUCUAGCACUUCGAAUCAGCAACCUUCAUCACAGCUUCAACAAAACUUUAAUUCCCAGGCAACACGAUAUGCAACUGAAGACGUAGUUACUGGCAUGCAGAGAAGUGGCCACAUGUCUGUUGUUAGGAGAUUCUUCUGCCUUUUUGUCACUUUUGACCUUCUUUUCAUAACUCUUAUGUGGCUAAUCAUUAUCCUGCUGAAUGGAGAUGACAUAGUGUCUGCUCUGUCGAAACAAAUUGUACAUUAUAACAUUCACACGUCUCUGUUUGACAUAGUGAUGGCUGCAACGUGCAGGUUCACAUUUCUGCUGCUCUUCUAUGGCCUCCUAUAUAUUUGUCACUGGUGGGUGAUUGCUCUUAGUACAGCAGGGACGUGUGCUUUCCUUAUUGGCAAAGUAUUUGUGUACAAUUGGACAUUGGCGAAUCAGCCAGUGUUCCAUGUUCUGCUGGUCCUCAUCUCAUUUGUGCUGUCUUGGGGUGAGGCAUGGUUUCUUGAUUUCCGAGUUUUACCUCAGGAAUUACAAGCCAUUGAGUAUUUGCAAGGUGUUUCUUCAUAUCAAUCUGAGAGGGCUCCACUGUUGGGAAAUUAUUUGCAAGGUUUACAACGGAUUGAUGACUACACAGAAUCCAUUGGAAACUUCUAUUCCCCAAUGGACUCUCCUCAAAGGACACUUGGAUGUUCCGAUGAAGAAGGAGAUACCCGAAGGUCUGGAGCUAGAGGAAGAGCCUUAUCGCAGGACAUGAAGUACAGACGAGAAGGUCAAGAGGUCUUAGAGGUCUCUUGGAGAAUACUGAACUCUCCUGACUGGAAGUUAGAAAAGGAGACGCCAGAAGGAGACGCAGUUUACAGCAAGAAAAUGCCUCUUGCAGGAAAGGUGUUGAAACUUACUGGAGCAAUAGAUUUUCCUCCGAAACGGUUGCUGAAUGAACUGUUCGAUAAAGUUGAGAAUCAUCCUGAAUGGAAUCCAACAAUUCUAGAGACACGUACAGUACAGGUAAUAGAUGACCAUACUGACAUCAACUACCAAGUUGCGAGGGAAGUUGGAGGUGGUAUUGUAUCCAGCAGAGAUUUUGUGAACUUGCGGCACUGGGGAAUGAAGGAUGGUUGUUAUGUGUCCGCAGGGGUUUCUGUGAAACAUCCUAGUGUUCCGCCAGUCAAACAGUAUGUCAGGGGGGAGAAUGGACCUACGUGCUGGGUAAUGCGACCCGUUGCAGGCGAUGAAAAUCGAUGCGUCUUCCAGUGGCUUCUGAACAUUAACUUAAAAGGCUGGUUGCCACAUUCCAUUGUCGAUGCGGCGCUCACCGCAUCUAUGCUGGAUUACGUAAGAUGCGUACGAGAGUACACGGCAAAACUGAAACAGGAGAGUCAAUAAACCAGCUUUUAUUCGUUCUGUACGGAGUAAUUUAGGGUGAAUGGUCGUACUGAAUUCCUGUUAAACAGUAUUGGCCUUUAUUAUUUAUGAUCAUAUUUUUAAUUGUUUAUUUGAAUGUAUUAUUGAUUAUGAUAUUUUUAUUGGUUGUGUGCCAAGGUGCGUAGAUUAGGUAAACUAGACUUUAUGAAGUAUGUUUGGGUGUUCCAUGCCGUCUGCUGACAGUCUUAUUUUACAGACACAAAUGGAUUUGCUGUUUGUCCCUAAACCAUUCAAUGAAUGUCAUCUUUGUUUAGUUCUAUAUUACAAGAUAUCGCCAGGUUUUGUCAUCUCUUCUUAAACUUUGAUUUCUGUUUGAGAUGGCUGUAAAAUGCACAAUGGAAUUUGUUAGUUACAAUGUAUAUUUUAUUUCAUUUAUGGUUUAAUAAUUUGUAAUGUUGCAUUUGUCAUAUUUUUUCAGGUAAUUUUAAUGUCUUAUUAUUUUUUCAUUUCCUAUUUUCAUUAAUUUUGACAUAAGGUAUUUCGACAAUUAAUGGAAUGUGGAGAUUAAUGUUCAUUAUGGUCUGAGUUAUCAACCUUUCCUUCUUCUUUCUAAGAUGUUUCCAUUUUGUAUUUGUCACUUAAUUUUUAAGGUUUAACAAACUGAACAAGUACUGUUAUUACCAAAGAAUACAAGUUGGCUUUGUAAGUACA